CCUGGCGCGAAAGUCGGUUCUCGCGCUGCGCCACUUCCGGGUUCUUGGGCGUCUCGGUCCGUACUGGGGGCGCCCGCCGCAGGGGGGGGGGGACGGGGGCUGGGGCUGCGGGGGGCGGUGGCCAGGCUGGCGCCCGACUCCAGCUACCGUCCUGCGGCCCGCGCGCCCCCCGAGACGCCGCCCGGGGAUCCCCCCCAGGUUCCACCGGGUUCGGAAAUGUCUAGAAAUGGCCAAGAACCGUUUUUUGUAAAGUUUUUAAAGUCUUCAGCCAAUUCUGAAUGUUUUUUUAAAGCUCUGGAGUCAAUAAAGGAAUUCCAAUCAGAAGAAUAUCUUCAGAUUAUUACAGAAGAAGAGGCAAUAAAGAUGAAGGAGAAUGACAGGUCACUUUAUAUCUGUGACCCUUUUAGUGGCCCUGUUUUUGAUCAUCUUAAAAAGCUUGGCUGUAGAAUCGUUGGCCCUCAGGUAGUCCUGUUUUGUAUGCGCCACCAGCAGUGCGUCCCAAGAGCUGAAUAUCCUGUCUACAACAUGGUUUUGUCUGACGUAACUGUAUCUUGUACAAGCCUGGAGAAAGACAAGAGGGAAGAAGUUCAUAAAUACGUGCAGAUGAUGGGCGGACAAGUGUACAGAGACCUCAACAUAUCAGUAACUCACCUCAUUGCUGGAGAAGUGGGAAGCAAAAAGUACUUAGUUGCUGCCAACCUAAAGAAACCUAUAUUGCUUUCUUCUUGGAUAAGAACCCUGUGGGAGAAGUCACAGGAGAACAAGAUAGCUAGGCAUACUGAGGUCAACCUAGAGGACUUCCGGUGUCCUAUUUUCCUUGGUUGCGUCGUCUGUGUGACGGGACUGGGUGGCGCCGACAGGAAGGAGAUCCAGCAGCUCACCGUGAAGCAUGGCGGCCAGUACAUGGGGCAGCUGAAAAUGAACGAAUGCACACACCUCCUAGUCAAAGAACCGAAAGGACAGAAGUAUGAGUGCGCUAGGAAGUGGAAUGUGCACUGUGUGACCCUGCAGUGGUUUUUUGACAGCGUGGAGAAAGGCUUUUGUCAGGAUGAGACUAUGUACAAGAUAGAGCCUGUACUGGCAGACAGGAGCGGGCCCAACACCUCCACUCCCACCGGCCCCGUCAGCACGUCCCAGAUUCAAGCUCUUUCCAAUGUCAGCCAUAUUUCCCACAUAAGCGGAAGUUACAUCAAUGAGUCGAUAUGCAGUUCCGCCCUCAGCAGCAAGUUGGACUCUACGGCGGAGAACCUAGACAACCUGGAUAUCAGCGCCUUCCAGGCCCCCGAAGAUCUGUUGGAUGGCUGCCGGAUCUACGUUUGUGGUUUUAGUGGCCGAAAGCUCGACAAACUGAGAAAACUGGUGAACAGUGGAGGCGGCAUCCGCUUUAAUCAGCUUAACGAAGAUGUAACUCACGUCAUCCUGGGAGACCACGAUGACGAGCUGAAGCAGUUUUGGAGCAGAUCAUCUCACAGGCCUCACGUCGUGGGAGCCAGCUGGCUGCUGGAGUGCUUCAGCAAAGGCUGUCUGCUUCCCGAGGAGCCGCACGUGCACGCGCACUACCAGCCUGCAGUCGAGAUCGCGGUGGCAAACCAGCCUGCCAGCAAAGCAGCUCCUCCCACCAAGAGCGGCAGCGUCUCUGCGCCCCACGCCGCCCCGCUGGAGGCGCCCGGGCCGGCGGACGAGGACCUGCUGUCCCAGUACGCAAGCAAUGACUCCACCAUAGUUCUGGCGAAGGAGCCCGGAGCGUCGGCGUGUGCGGCCGGGCCCUGUACGGGCCCCGUUCCCGGGGAUCCCCUGAGUGACUCCACUCACAUCUCCCUGGCCCGCAGCCCCUGCCUUCCCGACCCCCCCACGAGCGCCGAGGGCUUGUUCGCACGGAAGAGCUUCCUGAUUCUGGGCUUCAGCGACGAGAUCCAGUGUCACAUCGCAAACAUCGUGAGAGAGCACGCCGGGAAGGUGGCUCCCCCGGGGAGCAGGGCCGUGGCCGACUACGCCGUCGUCCCGCUCCUGGGCUGCGAAGUGGAGGCCACCGUGGGAGACGUGGUCACCAACACGUGGCUGGUCACCUGUAUAGACUAUCAGACCUUAGUUGAUCCCAAGACCAAUCCACUCUUCACGCCGGUUCUGGUGAUGGCGGGCACGACUCCUUUGCAGAACUGUGUCAUUUCAUUCAGCCAGUGUGUUGGUGCAGAGAAAGAUUCUUUGAUAUUCUUAGCGAAUCGCCUUGGAGCGAGCGUCCAGGAAUACUUCGUUCGCAAACCCAAUGCGAAGAAAGGCAUGCUGGCCAGCACGCACCUCGUGCUCAAGGACGCGGCGGGCUCCAAGUACGAGGCUUCCAAGAAGUGGGCUUUGCCGGCGGUCACCAUCGCUUGGCUGCUGGAGUCGGCGAGGACGGGGCGGAGAGCGGACGAAAGCCAGUUCCUCAUCGACAGUGCGCCCAGAGGAGAGCAAAGACUGGCAAAUGGACUAACAAACGGGGUGCAUUGUCCGGCACCGCCGGGCACGGUGGGGGAGACCCACAGAAAACCCACGGUGUCGCCCUUGGACAUGAACCGCUUCCAGAGCAAGGCUUUCCAAGCCGUGGUGCAGCAGCACGCCGGCCAGGUUCCGGCCUGCUCGCCGGGGGGACAGCUGCUGCAGAAGGAGCCGUCCCUCCACCUGGACACGCCCUCCAAGUUCCUCUCCAAGGACAAGCUCUUCAAGCCUUCCUUUGAUGUGAAGGACGCACUGGAAGCCUUGGAAACCCCAGGAGGCCCUAGCCAGCACAAAAGGAAACUGAGUACCCCACUGUCCGAGGUCAUUGUCAGGAGCUUGAAACUUGCUUUGGCAAAUAGCUCUCGAAACACUGACCUUUCUGCCAGCCCUCAACUGAAGGAGGCCCAAGCAGGGAAGGAAGAGGCUGCGAAGCCGCUUGUCAAUGUUGUGGUCUGUGUCAGCAAGAAGCUGGGGAAGAAGCAGAGCGAGCUCAACGGGCUCGCCGCCUCUCUUGGAGCGGAUUACAGGUGGAGUUUCGACGAGACUGUGACUCACUUCAUCUACCAAGGCCGGUCACACGACACGAAUCGCGAGUACAAGGCUGUGCGGGAGCGGGGCGUGCACGUGGUCUCGGAGCACUGGCUGCUGGAGUGUGCCCAAGAGGGCAAGCGGCUCCCAGAGUCGCUGUACCCACACACGUACAACCCCAAGAUGAGCCUGGACAUCAGCGCCCCUCAAGACAGCCGGCCCUGCAAUGGCCGCGUGCCCUCAGCCCCGUCUGCAGCCCAGCAGGAUGAGCCAGAUCGCUCCCCCGUGGAAGAAAGCGACGGGGGCACCGCAGCCACCACUGAUAAAGAGCCGGCCCCCGCGGGCGAGCACGCGGAUCUGAAAGGAGUUCUGACGCAGACCCUGGAGAUGCGCGAGAACUUCCAGAAGCAGCUGCAGGAGAUCAUGUCUGCAACCUCCUUAGCGAAGCCGCAGGUGCACAGGGCCUCCCUGUCGCUAAGCGGCUGCCAGAGCGCCAGCUCCACCCCCGACACCAUGCGCUGCAUGCGCCGGAGCCGCAGCCGCGUCCUGGAGGCGCUGAGGCAGUCUCGCCAGAGCGAGCCCGACGUGAACACGGAGCCCUCCCAGAGCGAGCAGAUCAUCUGGGACGACCCCACGGCCCGGGAGGAGCGCGCCAGGCUGGCCAGCAGCCUGCGGUGGCCCGGCUGCCCCACGCCGCACGCCAGCAGCGUGGACAAGUUGGAGUUGGUCGAGCAGGAGCCUGGGCACGAGGCAGACGUCACUGAGCCGGCUGUCUCCGACCCUGGACGCACCUCUGUGAUCCAAGCGCACAAAGCUGUGAUCUCUGACGAAGUAGAGUUUCCAACCACAGGCAAAUGCGAGGCUCAUCUGAUCCCAACGCCCGAGGCCCCCAGCAUCGCCUUCCCCCUGGCCAACCCUCCUGUGGCUCCACACCCGAAAGAAAAGAUGUUCACAGUGGAGGAGACAGAUGGAGACCCCAGGAAGCAGUACAUAUUCCAGCUGUCCUCUCUGAACCCCCAAGAGCGCAUUGACUACUAUCAUCUCAUCGAAGAGCUAGGCGGGUCGGUGAUCGAGACGCAGUGCUUCGACCCCAGCUGCACGCACAUCAUCGUGGGGCACCCGCUGCGCAACGAGAAGUUCCUGGCCUCCAUGGCCGCCGGCAAGUGGGUUCUCCAUCGCUCCUUCAUGGAAGCCUGCAGGACCGCGGGGCACUUUGUGCAGGAGGAGGACUACGAGUGGGGGAGCAGCGGCAUCCUCGACGCCGUGGGCAGCGUCACGGAGCAGCAGCGGAGGCUGGCCCGCGCGGCCGUGCGCUGGAGGAAGGCCAUCCAGGACAGGCAGCGGGCGGGCGGCACCGAGGGCGCGUUCAGCGGGUGGAAGGUCAUCCUGCACGUGGAGCACUCCCGGGAAGCGGGCUUCAAACGCCUGCUCCAGUCCGGGGGAGCGAAGGUGCUGUGCGGCCACGCGGCUUCCUUAUUUAAAGAGGCCACGCAUCUCUUCUCUGACUUGCACAAGCGGAAGGCUGAGGGCUCGGGCGUGGACGUGGCCGAGGCCGCCGCCCAGGACGUGCGCUGCUUGCGGACCGAGUACAUCGCCGACUACCUCAUGCAGGAAUCCCCUCCUCGUAUAGAACAUUACCGCCUGCCCGAAGCCGCCUCGCAUCUUCAGAAUAGACCUGGAGCCGGAACAUCAGAGAAGAGAAAAGCUCCAGAUGAAGUAGAGAAAAACAAGCCUAAACGGCCCAGAUAGAGUACACUGGGCGUGCCGUUACCUGUUUUAAAGUCUCAAUAUUUUAUAUACAUGUAUAUAUAUGCUCGUUACUAUGAUGGAUUUGUGUGUAGUGUAAUGACUGCAGCUGAAAAUUCGAUCGCCUUAAUAAAAUUGCAAAUCACA